AUGAUUUCUCUCUAUAGAAUUUGUGGGUCACGCCAGCUAGCUAGCUGUCUGUCUGUCUAUCUGCCUCUCUAUCGGUCUCACUCUGUUCCUCUUUCUCUCUCUACACCUCAUUUUUGUCUCUGUGACUUUCUAUUUCUCUCUUUCACUUUGCUAUCGCUUUCUUUUCUCUAUAACCUUCUCUUUGUUUUCACUAUCUAUCUAUCUAUCUAUCUAUCUAUCUAUCUAUCCCUGUUUGCGUAUCUAUCUAUCUAUCUAUCUAUCUAUCUAUCUAUCUAUCUAUCUAUCUAUCUAUUUAAACUAUAUAUGUGUCUAUCCGAUUUUCUAUCUCUCUUUUUAUCUAUUUCUCUCAAUCGCUGUCUGGCUGUCGAUCUGAUAAUCUAUCAAUCUAUCUGUCUCUCACUCUUUUUUUCUGUCUUCGUCUCUCUAUCAGUCUUUUUGUUCUCGUCUCUGUCUGUAUCUCGUUCUAUCAAUCUGCCUGUCUCUAAUUCUAUCAGCAUAUCUGCCUGUCUAUAUCUCGGUUUUCCUGUCUAUCAGCCUCUUUCUCUAUCACUCUGCCUGUUUAAUAGUUUAUUAGUGUUUGUCUGUUUGCCUCUUUCUGUCGACCUUUCUCUAUUUGUCGUCAUCACUCUCUUUCUGUCAAUGUCUCUUUCUGUCGCUGUCCUUUUCUGUCGCAUCUCUGUAUCUUUCUGUUGCAAUCACUUCCAGAUCAUUUGCUGUUGGUAUAUUUCCACAGAAAAAUUUACGUUGGACAAUGUAGAUCGCCGCACAUGGUGUUCAUUUGCUACAGAUCCGUGGGGCUCCAGUCUAUGUGAUAUGGAUGCCACAUAA